AUGUUCAAUCGAAAAGGGCAGUUAUGCAGUAUCAUACUGGUAUUACAUACAGUAAUCUUCACUGUUUGCGAAGAUUCCUCAAACCUUGCACCUGUGAUAAUCGAACACCCACUUGAUGUCGUUGUCUCCAGAGGCUCUCCAGCAACACUCAACUGUGGUGCAAAACCAUCAUCCGCCAAAAUCACCUGGUACAAAGACGGACAACCUGUAAUAACGAAUAAGGAGCAAGUUAAUAGUCAUCGGAUAGUACUGGACACCGGAUCACUGUUUCUUCUGAAAGUGAACAGUGGAAAAAACGGAAAAGACAGUGAUGCUGGAGCAUACUACUGUAUGGCCAGUAAUGAGCACGGUGAAGUAAAAUCGAAUGAAGGAUCGUUAAGAUUAGCCAUGCUUCGAGAAGAUUUUAGAGUACGGCCAAGAACUGUUCAAGCUCUCGGAGGAGAAAUGGCAGUCCUGGAAUGCAGCCCUCCACGUGGAUUCCCUGAACCUGUAGUCAGUUGGAGGAAGGAUGACAAAGAACUCCGAAUCCAAGACAUGCCACGAUAUACACUCCAUUCGGAUGGUAAUCUCAUCAUUGAUCCAGUUGAUCGAAGUGAUUCCGGUACCUAUCAAUGUGUUGCCAAUAACAUGGUCGGAGAACGUGUAUCCAAUCCGGCAAGAUUGAGCGUUUUUGAGAAACCAAAGUUUGAGCAAGAACCCAAGGACAUGACUGUCGACGUCGGAGCAGCAGUACUGUUUGAUUGUCGAGUAACCGGAGAUCCUCAACCACAAAUCACCUGGAAACGUAAAAACGAGCCGAUGCCCGUAACACGUGCUUACAUUGCAAAAGACAAUCGAGGAUUGAGAAUAGAGAGAGUACAAGCAUCCGAUGAAGGAGAAUACGUUUGUUAUGCUCGGAAUCCAGCUGGAACUCUGGAAGCAUCUGCACAUCUCCGUGUUCAAGCACCUCCAUCGUUCCAAACAAAGCCAAGCGAUCAAUCAGUCCCAGCCGGUAGCACUGCAACAUUCGAAUGUGCUCUGAUUGGACAGCCAAGUCCUGCAUACUUCUGGAGCAAAGAAGGACAACAAGAUCUUCUCUUCCCGAGCUAUGUGUCAGCUGAUGGAAGAACCAAGGUGUCUCCAACUGGUACUUUGACUAUCGAAGAAGUUCGCCAGGUUGAUGAAGGUGCUUACGUCUGUGCUGGAAUGAAUUCUGCUGGUAGCUCGUUGAGCAAGGCUACUUUGAAAGUCACAACUAAAGCCAUGACCGGAAACACCCCCGCCAAGCCACCACCAACCAUCGAGCAUGGGCAUCAGAACCAAACACUUAUGGUCGGAUCGUCUGCUAUCCUUCCGUGCCAGGCUAGCGGUAAACCAACACCUGGAAUAUCAUGGCAUCGCGAUGGAUUACCUAUCGAUAGCACUGAUAAUCGCAUCAGUCAGCACUCAACCGGCAGCCUACAUAUCGCAGAUUUAAAGAAACCUGACACCGGUGUGUACACUUGCAUUGCUAAGAACGAGGACGGAGAGUCAACUUGGUCAGCGUCAUUGACAGUUGAAGAUCACACGAGUAAUGCCCAAUUUGUUAGAAUGCCGGAUCCUUCCAACUUCCCAUCUGCACCAACACAACCCAUAAUUGUGAAUGUCACUGACACAGAAGUAGAACUCAGGUGGAAUGCUCCAUCAACAUCCGGAGCAGGACCAAUCACAGGGUACAUCAUUCAGUACUACAGUCCAGAUCUCGGCCAAACAUGGUUCAAUAUUCCGGAUUAUGUAGCAACGACUGAAUACAGAAUCAAAGGUCUCAAGCCUUCUCACUCCUACAUGUUUGUUAUUCGAGCAGAGAACGAGAAAGGCAUUGGAACUCCAAGUGUUUCCUCAGCACUUGUCACUACCGGCAAACCAGCAGCUCAAGUUGCUCUGUCUGAUAAGAACAAGAUGGAUAUGGCGAUUGCUGAGAAAAGGCUAACUUCCGAACAGCUCAUCAAACUUGAGGAGGUUAAGACUAUCAAUUCCACUGCUGUUCGUCUGUUCUGGAAGAAGAGAAGAAUUGAAGAGCUCAUCGAUGGAUACUACAUUAAAUGGAGAGGACCACCAAGAGCUAACGACAAUCAAUACGUCAAUGUGACCAGUCCCAGUAUUGAGAGUUUCGUGGUUUCCAACUUGAUGCCAUUCACCAACUACGAAUUCUUCGUGAUUCCAUAUCACUCUGGAGUUCACAGUGUUCAUGGAGCACCAAGUAACUCGAUGGACGUUUUGACUGCAGAAGCUCCACCAUCAUUGCCACCAGAGGAUGUUAGAAUUCGUAUGCUCAAUCUGACCACUCUCCGGAUCUCUUGGAAGGCGCCGAAAGCCGACGGCAUCAAUGGAAUUCUCAAAGGAUUCCAAAUUGUUAUUGUUGGUCAAGCACCGAACAACAAUCGGAAUAUCACUACAAACGAGAGAGCCGCUAGUGUUACCCUGUUCCAUUUGGUGACUGGAAUGACAUACAAAAUUCGUGUGGCUGCAAGAAGUAACGGAGGAGUUGGUGUAUCUCAUGGAACUAGUGAAGUCACAAUGAACCAAGACACAUUGGAGAAACAUCUUGCCGCUCAACAGGAAAACGAGUCAUUCCUCUACGGACUAAUCAAUAAAUCCCACGUUCCCAUUAUAGUAAUAGUUGCUUUGCUGAUAAUCUCUGUGGUUAUUGUACUUGCAUACUGUUACUGGAGGAAUAGUCGGAAUGCUGAUGGCAAAGAUCGAAGUUUCAUCAAAAUCAACGACGGAAGUGUUCACAUGACAUCGAACAAUCUUUGGGAUGUUGCUCAAACUCAGAACCAGAUGUACAAUACUACCGGUAGAAUGACUAUGAACAACCGAAACGGGCAGGCACUCUACUCGUUGACUCCAAAUGCGCAAGACUUCUUCAACGCUUGUGACGACUACAGUGGAACUAUGCACAGACCUGGAUCUGAACAUCAUUAUCAUUAUGCUCAGUUGACUGGUGGACCAGGAAAUGCCAUGUCGACAUUCUACGGAAAUCAGUAUCAUGAUGAUCCAUCUCCAUAUGCCACUACCACACUGGUUCUUUCCAACCAGCAACCCGCAUGGCUCAACGAUAAGAUGCUCCGAGCACCGGCUAUGCCAACAAAUCCAGUGCCCCCAGAACCACCAGCCAGAUAUGCAGAUCAGACUGCCGGAAGAAGGUCAAGAUCAAGCCGUGCUUCGGAUGGACGAGGAACUUUGAAUGGAGGACUACACCACCGAACGAGUGGAAGCCAACGUUCGGAUAGUCCACCUCACACUGAUGUGAGCUAUGUUCAGUUGCAUUCAUCGGAUGGCACUGGAAGCAGCAAAGAGAGGACGGGUGAACGGCGAUCACCUCCAAAUAAAACUUUGAUGGACUUUAUCCCACCACCACCAACGGCUCCGCCACCGCCAGGAGGUCAUAUUUAUGACACAGCUACUCGACGACAGUUGAAUCGAGGUAGCACUCCAAGAGAAGACACUUACGAUUCAGUUAGUGAUGGAGCAUUUGCAAGAGUUGAUGUAAAUGCUCGGCCGACAAGUCGGAACCGAAAUUUGGGUGGGAGGCCAUUGAAAGGCAAACGAGAUGACGAUAGCCAGCGGUCGUCACUCAUGAUGGACGAUGAUGGUGGAUCGUCGGAGGCAGAUGGAGAGAAUUCCGAAGGAGAUGUUCCACGUGGAGGUGUACGAAAAGCAGUGCCACGAAUGGGAAUUUCUGCAAGUACGCUGGCUCACAGUUGUUAUGGCAACAAUGGUACAGCUCAACGCUUCCGGUCAAUACCUCGAAACAACGGGAUUCCCACACAAGAACAAAUCUGA